AUGAAUCCGACUUCCUACAGUGUCGAGUCUCUCUUUCGAGUUGAUGGCCUCGUUGCCGUCAUUACUGGGGGAGGCUCUGGCCUGGGUAGAAUCACAGCCCACGCCCUCGCCGUCAACGGGGCCAAGGCAGUCUACGUGCUCGGACGACGAGAAGAUGCCCUGAUAGCCACACGAGAUAGCUCUCCAAAGCCAGAGGCCAUACGACCUGUUGUCUGCGACGUGACGAGCAAGGACGCGCUCAAGGCAGCUGCUGACCGAGUCCAGGCAGAGCUGGGCUACUGCAAUGUCGUGUUCGCAAACAGCGGCAUCAUCACGGCUGAUAAUUCGGACUUGGUCAAGAACAUUGACAGCCUCGAUCUCAAGGCUAUCCAGGAGAGUCUCUGGACGUACAGCAUGGAGGAGUUUACGCAGUCGUUUCACGUUAAUGCCACGGCUGUCUUCUACACUGCCCUUGCGUUUCUGCAACUGCUCGACGAGGGAAACAAGAGAGCCGUUAUUCCACAAAAGUCUCAGAUUAUCGUUACGGGUUCUGUCGCGACCUUUGCUCGUCUCCCUAAGGCUGGUUUUGCUCACGGCAGCAGCAAGGCAGCAGCAGUACAGUUGGCCAAGCAGCUCGCGACGCUGCUGGCACCGCACAAGAUCAGAGUCAACUCGAUCGCGCCUGGGCUGUAUCCGAGCCAAAUAACCGAGCGAGACAUCAAAGCUUCCACCUCGGAAAUUCGCGUGGAGGGCAGCUUGCCAGGAUCCUUUAUCCCUCUGGCGAGGAUGGGCACCGAGGAAGAGUUCGCUGGGGCGAUGCUAUUCUUGACGAGCAAGGCGGGAGGAUACGUGGACGGGAGUGUGCUGCUGACGGAUGGAGGCCGCUUGAGCAUCGCGACUUCGACAUACUGA